AGAGCAGUGUCAUUGAGAAACAUGGCCGCGUCCACGGGGGCUGCAGAUGCUGCUGCUGCCUCACACUCUACAGGUCCAGCUUCCUCGGUUCCGAGCAUGGGCAGUCCAGCGAUCCAGUACAGUAUGGUUCUGGAGCACCUGGUAGGGGAGAAGCGGCCCAUUAAAGACCUGAGCCCCGGAGUUAUGGGGGGUCUGCCGGUGCCUCCGAAAAGCGACGAGCAGAAGAUGAUAGAGAGGGGAAUGGAGAGCUGCGCCUUCAAGUCGGUCCUGGCCUGUGUAGGAGGGUUUGUCCUCGGAGGAGCUUUUGGUGUGUUCACAGCUGGUAUCGACACCAAUGUCGGCUUCGACCCCAAAGACCCGCUGAGGACCCCGACGGCCCGAGAAGUCCUUAAAGACAUGGGCCAGAGGGGCAUGUCGUACGCAAAGAACUUUGCUAUUGUGGGCGCCAUGUUUUCCUGCACUGAGUGCAUCAUUGAAUCACACAGAGGAAAAUCUGACUGGAAGAACGCGGUGUACAGUGGCUGUGUGACCGGAGGAGCCAUAGGCUUUCGCGCUGGUCUCAAAGCCGGAGUCCUCGGAUGUGGAGGAUUUGCUGCGUUCUCUGCUGCCAUCGAAUAUUACUUGCGAUGAGACGAGAGGCUUUACGGACAAGAACUUGUUUUCUAUGUGGACUCGCUGCGAGGAAGCCGGGGUACAGAGAGGAACGUCGACGAACGUUGGCUUCAGGGACUCUGCUGGGACCUGAACAGCGCUUGCAGGGGAUGUUCCUGCGUCUCCAGUCACAGAAUGUCAUGGGCAGAGAAACUUCUGCACCCGGGUCCUGAUACCGAGGCCCAGAAACCACUGUUUGGUUACAGGCUCGUUAUAUAAAUUGACAGAAUGUAAUCAAGCAGGAUUAUUUAUAUUAAAGUUGUUCUUUUUCAAGUGGUUCGUUCACUCAGUAAUUUUAACAAUCAGAAGUAUUCUAGUGUCAAUUCUCCUGACUUGGGGAAUUUUCUGAAACAUGCUAUGCCUCUUUCUUUGUCAGUCUGUGUGUUCAAUAUGACGGCACUUUGGGUUGUUGCCAGUAUCAUUGUGCUUCCGAUUAUGAAUUAAAGGAGAUAAGAGGAUUUAUGCUCUUAGGUUUUAUGUUGAAUACUCUUUCUGACCCAACUCUGCAUUUAUCCAGACUUGGUACCGGCACAGGGAAUCACUGACUUCUGACCCCUUAUGGCCGCGUUUGACCUCUCGUUACUGCACUGACCUCUCUUUAGUGAUUUCUUCUUUCUGGCAGUGAUCAGGGUCUGGAUUGCUAAUCUGUGUUUAAUCUCAGUUAUUUAAUGUUUUAUCAAAGACCAGGUCUGUUUUGAUCUCUUUUUCUGUAUUUACUUUGAUAAUCUUUGUCUAAUAUUAACAGUUUAUUAAUCUACAGAAUUAAGAGUGACAAAAAACCCAGAAAAUCUACAUUAAUAAUUUUCUCAGACACAAAGUGAGUGCUUCAAUGUUUCUUUUAAUUUUACUUAAAAAAAAAAAAAAAGAGGGAAAAAGUUCACAUGGACAUUUAGUCGCAAUAUUACAGCAUAUUGAAAUUCUUCUCAAAGGAAGUAAAAUACAACAGUUUUUGUUUCUUUUUAUUCUUAUAUUAAAAAUAUCAAAUAUUA